GUCUUAUGAGGAGCUGUGCCAACAGUUUGCGCCCCGGCUGCGCGGAUACAAAUGUGUAGCCGCGUAGGGCUCUAUUACAACAGCCGUAUAAGCAGGAAAGUCUGUUUUGCCCGGCCCACACCCCGAGCUGCGCGGCGCAGCGCAUGGACCGUGGCCGAAAUCGGGGCGGUCAAGCUUGUGCAAUCGAACUCCCCUGGCCCCCAGCCAUCAGCGAGGGCGGCCAAGCGGCAGGCGCAAAGCCCGGGCUGGACUCGGCACUUUAGCGCCUGCAGACCUGUUGCCCGGGAAGCGCUCCGCAGCAGCGAGCGGCGCCUGCAGCAGGCAGGGGAUCCAGCUCGGCUUUUUCGAGCGGCUUCCACGUGGCCCUUCAGUCGGGCCAGAGGGAGCCGCUCCCCAGCCGCACGGGACGGGACCGGUCAGCUGAGCGGCACCACCAUGGACCUCCGGCGCAGGGCGAUACGGCUCCUCGCCUGCAGCCGGGUCUGGGGCAAUGGCUGGCUGAGCGGGGCAGCCCCGCGCGGCGCCGGGAGCGCUCCCGCUGCCCGGCGCUGCUUCUGCGCCGGCCAGGCCGCCCCCGAGGGCGCGUACGAGCAGGCGUUCAAGGCUGCCGUGGCGGAGCCCGAGAAGUUGUGGGGAGAAGCCGCCGGGCGCAUCCAGUGGCACAAGCCCUGGGUGAAAGUCGUGGACAGGAGCAACCCGCUGGUCGCCUCCUGGUUUGUGGAUGGAGAGCUGAAUAUUUGUUAUAAUGCUGUAGAUCGUCAUGUUGAGAGUGGACAUGCAGACAAGAUUGCUAUUAUCUAUGAUAGUCCUGUGACAAACACUAAACAGGCUAUCACUUACAGAGAAGUUCUUGAACAGGUCUCCAAGUUAGCUGAUGUUAUGGUGAAAUACGGUGUGAAGAAAGGAGAUUGUGUUGUCAUCUACAUGCCCAUGAUUCCACAGACAGUAUAUACCAUGCUGGCAUGCGCAAGAAUAGGAGCCAUACACAGCCUCAUUUUUGGUGGAUUUGCAUCUAAAGAGCUUUCUAGUCGCAUUGAGCAUGCAAAGCCCAAACUUGUUGUAACUGCAACUUUUGGGAUAGAACCAGGAAGGAGAGUGGAAUACAUGCCGCUUCUAGAAAGAGCACUGGAGAUGAUACAGCACCAACCUCAGAAAGUUCUCAUAUACACUCGACCUCACUUGGGAACUGUUCCUCUAGUCUCAGGUCGUGACCUUGAUUGGGAUGAAGAAAUAGCAAAAGCCAAGCCUCAUGAUUGUGUUGCUGUUCGUUCAGAUCAUCCACUUUACAUUCUUUAUACAUCAGGAACGACUGGCUUGCCCAAGGGUGUUGUUAGACCAACAGGUGGCUAUGCGGUUAUGUUGAACUGGACAAUGUCCACUAUAUAUGGACUCAGACCUGGAGAGGUGUGGUGGGCAGCUUCUGACUUAGGCUGGGUAGUUGGCCAUUCCUACGUUUGUUAUGCACCUCUCCUGCAUGGGAAUACAACUGUUUUGUAUGAGGGGAAGCCUGUGGGAACGCCAGAUGCUGGUGCUUACUUCCGUGUGCUAGCAGAGCAUGGAGUGGCUGCCUUUUUUACUGCACCAACUGCAAUUAGAGCAAUCCGUCAGCAGGACCCUGAGGCAGAUUUGGGAAAGCAGUACUGUUUGACAAGGUUCAGAACAUUAUUUGUAGCUGGUGAACGCUGUGAUGUGGAGACAUUAGAAUGGUCCAAAAAAGUCUUCAAGGUCCCAGUGUUGGAUCACUGGUGGCAAACUGAAACUGGGUCUGCAAUUACUGCUUCCUGCAUUGGUUUGGGAAACUCAACAACUCCUCCACCAGGACAGGCAGGAAAACCAGUGCCAGGAUACAAUGUGAUGGUUCUGGAUGACAACAAGCAACCAGUGAAGGCCAAGACUUUAGGAAAUAUUGUGGUAAAGUUGCCUUUGCCUCCUGGAGCCUUCUCGGGUCUCUGGAAAAAUCAGGAAAUAUUCAAGGAGUUAUAUUUCCAAAAAUUUCAAGGAUACUAUGAUACCAUGGAUGCUGGGUACAUGGACGAAGAUGGCUACUUAUAUGUCAUGUCUCGAGUUGACGACGUGAUCAAUGUUGCAGGUCAUAGAAUUUCUGCAGGUGCAAUUGAGGAGUCUGUUCUUUCCCAUGGAGCUGUGGCUGAUUGUGCUGUUGUUGGCCAAGAGGAUGCCUUAAAAGGUCUUGUCCCAUUAGCGCUAUGUGUAUUAAGAAAUGGUAUAAAGAUAGAGGAGGAGAAAGUUUUGGAAGAAAUUGUUAAGUACGUUCGAGAAAGCAUUGGCCCAGUGGCAGCUUUCCGAAAGGCAGUAUUUGUGAAACAGAUACCAAAGACACGUUCCGGCAAAAUACCACGUUCUGCUCUUUCUGCUCUUGUCAAUGGCAAACCAUAUCAGAUAAUUCCAACCAUUGAGGAUCCCGAUGUGUUUAAACACGUAGAAGAAGAACUGAAGAAAAAAAAAAUAAUGUGAUUUUUGUCCAUCAUACAGUGUCUUUUAACAGUAAACUUCCAAAUGUCUGGAAUACAUGAAGAAAUUUUCUAUUUGGUAACGCAGUUAUAGAACAUAUUUUAGAUGUCUGAAAUAACCUGGCGCUAAUUUUAUUACUACAGAACUGUUGCUGCUUUCUCUGUCAUGUCAUCAUCAUCAUGGACAGCGAAACCUUCUGAGUUUUGGCAGUGUUUGUCAUUUGUAUUAUACUGGAGGUUUAGACAGAUAAGAAGUAGAUACUUACAGUAGAGAGUUUUAACAGAGCCCUGUAAAGAGGGUUCAUAAAUUCAUAGAGUUCAAGGCCAGAGGGGACCGUCAGAUCAUAUAGUCUGACUACCAUAUAACAUGGGUUCUUAAUUUUACCCAGUAACAAAGAUUGCAUUAGCACCUUUUUCCACAGCAUCGCACUGGGACCUUAUGUUGAUUUGCUCUACUAUGAACCCUAAAUCCUUUCCAGGAUACAGCCUCCCAUUCUGUAGGUAUGGCCCGUGUUCCUUGUUCUACUCCUGGUGGAAUUCUGUGCCAAAAAAAUUAAAAUUCUACGCACAAUAUUUUAAAAUUCUGCAAAAUUCUGCAUAUUUUAUUUGUCAAAAUAACACAAUAUAAUCACAACAGUUUCAAUUAUUUUUGGUCAUUUAUUUCAAAAUACCUGUCAGAAAGUAUGUCUGUAACAAUACCGACAACAAAAAAGGUUCAGGAAAUGUUUUAUGACAAAUAGAUUCCUUACUAGGCAUAUUAAUGCAGAACUCUCAGUAAUAAUUCAUUUAAACUACAAUACAGAACUAUAUUUCCCGUACCCCUCAGAAGCAGAGCAAAGGCUUGGGGGAGUCAGGGGUAACGGAGGAGCUGAGGGAGAGGGAGGUAAAUUGCUGGGAAGGAGGUUGGGUGUGAACUUGGAGGGCUGUUUGGUAUGGGUGAGUAAAGUAUGGAACAGGUAUUUUUGGGAGGGGGCAGGGAGGGAUUGUUAAGGAGCUUCCCCCAUGCAGACCCUGGCUUACUCCUAGCCUCUCCCAUUCAGUCAGGCACAUGGACCCCUGUCCCCAUGAGUCUCCCACCCUCACCCAACCACUCCCCAUCACUAUGUAGCUCUGCCCCACCUCCCCUUGUCGCCAUGUGGCUCUGCACCUCCCUCCCGCCAUGGCCCCGUGCCUCCACUCCCAUUCAGCCCCUGCCCCAGUUCUCCCCCUAGCCCUUAUGAGCCUCUGUCUGCCUCUCCCUGCAGCUUUGGUGGGCAAAUGGCAGAACUGCAGCAGGAUUUUGGCAGAAGCUUUUUCUGCGUGAAAAAUUAGAAAUCUGUGGGGCUCAUUAAAUAUGUGCGCACACAGUAGCACAGAAUUCCCCCAGAAGUACUUGUUUUUAGAUGUAUAACUUUGCAUUUGGCUGUAUUUGGAUGCAUUUUGUUUUUCAUAGUCCCCAGUUACCAAAUUAUCCAGAUUGCUCUGCAUGACUGGUGAAAUGGUAAAUAAUGAGGAGGACUGGGCAAUCUAUGUCAUCUACAAAUUGGAUCCCUAAUGAUUUUUAUAUUUACUUUCAGUUCACUGAUGAAAAUGUUGAAUUGCAUCAGGCGUCAUACCAAUCCCAGUGGAUUCCCACAAGAAAUAUCUCCAUUCGAUGCUUAUUCCCCAUUGGCAAUUACUUUUUGACAGACAUCUUUUAGCCAGUUCUUAAUUCAUUUCGCUGUGCUUUAUUGAUAAUCGUAUACUGCUAAUUCUUUUAAUCAGAAUGUUGCGUGAUACUUUGUCAAAAUCACUUACAAAUAUGUAUAUUACAUUUGUGCUGUUACGUUUGUCAACCAAACUUGUAAGCUUUUCAAAAUGAAAUCAGGUUUGUUUGACAAGACCUAAUUUCAUAAACCAUGUUGCCUAACAUUAAUUACAUUCCUAUCCUUCAAUUCUUUAUCUGUUGAAUCCUGUGGCAGCUUUUCCUUUAGUUCACCCAGCAUUGAUUUCUGGCUAACUGGCCUAUAUUUACCCAAGUCAUCUCACUUGUCCUUUUUGAAUAUUGGCACGUUUCUUCACUCUUCUGGAAGUUUUUUGAAAGUUAUCCAGGCCUACUGAAUUGAAAAUGUUAAUCACUAGUAGAUGUUGCUUAACAUCCUCUUGGUUACUAAUGGACUGGACAAUAUAAGCGUAUAAUCUUGCUUCAAUUCAAAUAUAAAAUGCAGAUAUUUAUUGAAAACUUCUGCCUUUUCUUCAGCGGUAUUAACAAUUUUACCAUCUCUGCCUAGUAAUGGGCCUAUACCAUUGCUAGGAUUUCUUUUAUUCCUAAUGUACUUUAAAAAUUCCUUCUUAUUGUCCUUAGCCCUAGCAGCCAUGGAUUUCCCCUGAUGUGUUUAGCUUCCCUUAUCCAUUUUCUACACUUCACACAUUCUUAUUUAUAUCAAUUGCUAUUCCUUCCCUUUUUCCAUUUGCUGAUUUUUUUAUUCCUAAUUGCUGCCUUCACUUUGCCACUGAACUAGGAUGAGCUUUUAGCCAAAGUUUUUAUCUUCCUUUAUUGUGGACUUAUGGCUUUUUGGACAUUGUCUUGGUGGUGGAGCAUGCUAAUUUGCCUGAUGCUUUUCAUGUGUAUCUUUACUUUAAAGUAAUGUCACAAAUAGAGGGAAAAGAAGGAAGGAAAGACAAAGACUAAAUUAGGACUGGAUAUCUUUCUAAAAUAUAUCUCUAGCUCAUACAAAAAUUAUGGGCUUGAUGCAGAAAUUACUGGGUGAGGUUCUAUGGUCUGUGUUAUGCAGAAGGUGAUUGUAGAUAAUCAUAAUAGUCCCUUCCAGCCUUAAAAUCUGUGAACAUCUGACUAUGGCUGACCAUCACUGGCUAAUUGAUGACAAACAAAGAGCCACCGAGCACCUUUUUAACAGCUGUUUCUGACCUCCUUCCUCCCCUCCGCCCCCUCCCACCCACAAUAAAGCAGAGCUGUCUUUCCUGGGUAAGCCUCAGACAAACUCUGCCCCACCUUAGUUGUGGUGCAGUCAUUCUCACAAGGUGCUAAAUAUCCCGGAGAGUUGUUUGAGCACCCCUAUGCCUUUAUGAGGUCAUUGCAGACUGCAGCUGCCAAGCCAGUCACAGGAGAGAGCCUGUACAUUUGAGUGUGUUCUAGGUUUCAAGUGGUAGUUUUUAAUGCAUAAUGAAAUUAAUAGUCUCUGUUAUUUUUAAACAAGUAUUCACAAAAUUCAUACAACAGAUCUUAAAAAACAAACAAAUUCAAAACAAAGUCAGCAUUUCCUGCCAUAGGAAACGACACUAAGCAAUAAAAGUUGCUAUAAUGAAUGAGAGACUCACUUAGUGAAGCUCUGCUAUGGGAGAGCCCCUUAGUGAAGAUAGUUUAGGGAUCUCCAGUUAUUUUUCCAGAUCGGUCCAUAGCUGAGGGCUAUAUUUUGUUUCUAUAGGGAUUUAUAGAUACCCUAAGAGUAUCUAUAGGGAUUUAUAAGACUAUGCCUUAUUUUUUGCUAUGGGCAGUA